AUGGCAGCCUCCAAGCAAAUGCUGUUGCUGCUGGUUGCAGCUCUCCUGCUGCAUGUGGCCACCACACUGAAGAUUGGUGCCUUCAACAUCAAGGCAUUUGGGGACAUGAAGAUGUCCAACCAGACUGUCGCAAAUAUCAUUGUCUCUAUCGUGUCGGAGUACGACAUCAUUCUGGUGCAGGAGGUCCGGGAUGCUGACCUGAGUGCUGUGAAAAAGCUCAUGGACCAGCUCAACAGUGCAUCCAGGCACCCAUACAGCUAUUUGGACAGCAUUCCCCUGGGUCGGACCAGCUACAAGGAGCAGUAUCUCUUCAUCUACAGGUCAGACAUGGUCUCUGUGCUGGGAAGCUACUACUAUGACGAUGGCUGUGAGUCCUGUGGAACCGACACCUUCAGCAGAGAGCCCUUCAUUGUGAAGUUCUCCUCACCCACCACACAGGUGCAGGAGUUUGUGUUGGUGCCCCUGCACUCUGAGCCCAGCCAUGCGGCACAAGAGAUCGAUGCACUCUACGAUGUCUACACCGACAUCAUUGACAAGUGGGCAACCCAUGACAUCAUCUUCCUGGGUGACUUCAAUGCCGACUGCUCCUACGUGACCAGCUCCCAGUGGCCAUCCAUCCGUCUCCGCUCCCUCCGCGACUGCGAGUGGCUCAUCCCUGACAGUGCUGACACCACUGUUGCUGACACUGACUGUGCCUAUGACCGCAUUGUCGCCUGCGGCUCUGCGCUGCGCCAAGAUAUCGAUCCUGGCUCUGCCACUGUCAACAACUUUGAGAAGAAAUUCCACCUCCAGAGCAAGGACGCUUUGGCUGUCAGCGACCAUUUCCCAGUGGAGGUGACCCUGAAAUCCCUCUGA